UGUAACGGUAAACGGGUACAUUUUUAAUAAAUAAACGGAUGAAAUUCUAUUAGAAAAUAUAAAAUAAGAACGGGUGACGAGGACGACGGCAGCGAAGUGCAAAGAAUUUUCUUGGAUGAACGUUCGGUUAUUUCGUUGCUGUGAAUUGAUGUGGUGAAAAUGUAUUCAAACAAAAAUUUAUUUGAUAAUUCAAAUGUGUUCUUGAAACUGCCAAAAUGAAGCGAAAAAGAACAUUGUGCCUAUUAAAGAGCAAAUAAAUCAUAUAAACAAUUAAAUAUGAUUUAACAAUAAACAUAAAACUUAAAUACACUGAAAACCAAUUUUAAUACAUUCGGUCAUGUAUCAGGAACACAAUGAGGCAAUAAACAAGGAUAGAUAAAAUAAUUAAAAAGGAAAAGUGAAAGACUUUGAUGAAAGAGAGCAUUGGUGAUAUGCGUCUGACUUACCAGUGAGAGAGCAGUGGUAAAACACCGGUUUCAUAUAAGAAAAAAGGACAGGACGGACGGUAAUAUAUCUUGAUUGAGUCAAUAGACCUUCUUGGACACCGUAAAAGAUGGUGAACAAAAAAUAAUUUUAAAUGAAGAGAGUGGUAAAUAGGAAAUGGAUCCAAAUAAAUUUUAUUGUCGCAAUGCAGCGCAGUCAACAGCAUCAACAUCAUCGAUUUCUUCAGCGACAUCGUCGUCAAUUGGUUGCGGCGGUAAUUCUAACCAGGAAUAUAUCGGUGCUUGCGGCUCUAGUCAUUCGUCUUCUGGUUUUAGUUGUAAAGAAUUGCUUGCAAGAAAUGCCAACAGUAAAUCCCUGCUUAAUCAGAGAGGGACCAAUGCUGCAACUGGUUUUGGUGGUAGCGCGAGCAGUACGAGUGGGUACUGCAGCAGUAAUUCAAGUGGGACCGGAAAUUAUAUUAACGUAAUGCCUGUGCCAGUGGGCACAUUGCAGUAUCAGCGAAGGAAGUUGACACCACAGGAAUAUCAGUAA